GUUUUUGUGGAAGUGCACCAACAACAACCGUCAUCAUGGGUGGACCGACAAGUACGACUGCUGCUGCUGCACCGGAAGGAACGACUACUACGCUCCAGGCGCGCGUGCUGGAUGUGAUGAAGAACUCGGCAGCAUGGGAGGCCAAGCACAAGGAAGUGAACGAGGGGUUCGUCGUGACGCGCUUCCCGCCCGAGCCCAACGGGUACUUGCACGUGGGGCAUGCCAAGUCGAUGUCGAUGAACUUCAGCCAAGCGUUCGACAAGUUGGGCGUUGCUGAGGACAAGCGCCGCACGAUCUUCCGGUAUGACGACACGAACCCGGAAGCGGAGAGCCAAGAGUACAUCGAGGCGAUCCGUGCGAACGUGGACUGGUUGGGGUGGAAGCCUUGGAAGACCACGUACAGUUCCGAGUAUUUCGAUCAGUUGUACGCGUUUGCGUUGGAGUUGAUCCACAAGGGUCGGGCGUACGUGUGUCAUCAGUCCAAGGCCGAGAUCGAGGCGAGUCGGUCCAUCCUCCGCGACCUGCACGGCCGCGCGUCCGCGGAAGGGCUGGUCUUGACCGAGUCCGUAUUGGCGGCGGCAGCGUCUCCAUUCCGCAACCGAUCUGUCGCGGACAACCUGCGGCACUUUGAGCGCAUGCGGCGCGGCGAGUACGCGGAAGGCGCAGCGUCGCUUCGCUUGAAGAUGCAGCUCGACUCGCCCAACCCCAACAUGUGGGACUUUGUCGCAUAUCGCAUCAAGUUUGUGCCCCAUCCACACAUUGGCUCGAAAUGGUGCAUCUACCCCACGUACGACUACACGCACUGCAUCGUGGACGCGCUCGAGCACAUCGACUACUCGAUCUGUACACUCGAAUUCGAGACUCGCCGCGAGUCGUACUACUGGCUUCUGGACGUACUGGACCUGUACAAGCCCACCGUGUACGAGUUUGCGCGCCUGAACAUCACGUUCACGGUACUAUCCAAGCGAAAGCUGCUCAAGUUGGUCACCCAUGGCCUCGUCCGCGGCUGGGAUGACCCGCGCCUCGCGACACUCAACGGCCUUCGCCGCCGCGGCUUUUCCGCGCCCAUUCUGAACGCAUUUUGCAAAGACAUUGGCGUCACCCGUGUCCAAUCUACGAUUCAGAUCCAACGACUGUAUGCCGUCGCCCGCGCGCACUUGGGCGAUGCAUCCAAGCGGGCCAUGGCCGUACUCGACCCCGUGCCCGUGGUGGUGGACAACUACGAGCCGUACACGUGCGAAGUGCUAGACUACCCCCAAGACAAGGAUGUGGAGCAUGGACGCCAUAGCAGCCAUCCCGUGGAGCUCACGCGCACGUUCUAUUUGGAUCGAUCGGACGUGCGGUCGGUCGACAGCGCCGGCUUCUUCGGCGUCGCGCCGUCUAAAAUUGUGCGGCUCAAGUAUGGCCCCGUGUUUACGUGUACCCGCGUGGAUGUGGAUGCUUCGGGCAACGUGACGCAAGUGGCGGGUACAUGCAGCUACGUGGAGGACGAGUCUGUGAAACCCAAGGGCGUGCUGACGUGGGUAUCGGCGGCGGCGGCGCCAGUCGAAGUCCGCGUGUACUCGCACCUGUUUACGGUACCGGAGCUCGGUGCCGUCGACGACUGGGAGGCGCUGGUGGACUCGUCGGGCAGCGAGAAAGUGUACGGUAAAGCGUUGGUGGACGGUGCAGCUAUUGGUGGCAGUGACGUGCUGACGUCGUUUCAGUUUGAGCGGCUGGGGUACUUUGUGGUAGACCAGGACUCGACGGCGGAGCGGGUCGUGUUCAACCAGAUUGUGGCGCUGCGGGACAACGACAAGGCGGACGACGCGCGCAAGGAGGAGCAGCUGCGUCAGCUGGCGGACAAGAAGGCCAAGAUGCACAUCGACCCCCUCGAUAUGUUUAAAGCAGACGCAGCGUACUCGCAAUGGGAUGACAUGGGCAUGCCCACGCACGACGCGGAAGGUCGUCCGCUGAGCAAAAGCCUCUUGAAGAAGCUCCUGAAGGACCGUCUCAAGCAAAAGAAGCUGUUUGACGCCAACAAGUAGUAGGUGAAGGUGGGAACAAACCACACGAUCACACACGGCUAAGAUAUGCAAAAAUGCCAGUCUACUAGUUCUACUACUACUGGAUUCAUAGUAGUACUAUUAAUAGUACCUUGGACCCACA